UGGUCAUGGUAUUGGUGCAUUGGGGACAACCCCCGAAUGUGACUCCGUUAUUGACAUUCAGGGGCAACAACAGGCCCAGCUUGCACAACUUUUGCAGCAAGUGGCCCAAGGAUCGAAUAUCGGUAAUUCUGUGGCGUCACUCUCAUCUACAAUUGCAGCAUCAGGGCUUGUUCUGUUACCUCCACCACCAUUGACAAUCAAAAAUUUGACCAUCCACACCUCACUCCUCUCAACAAAACAACAGCUUCAACAACAGCAGCAACAACUACAGCAAUUGCACCAUGUUCAGAUCAAUGCUGCACUAAAGAAACAGCAACAACAGCAACACCAACGGCAAAUACAGAUGCUACAGCAGCAACAUGACCAGAAACAGCAACAGCAACAUUAUGGCAUACAACCGUUGUCAAUGGAGGAUUGUUCACCAAGUGCACUCUCAGAUGCGACAAUGGGGGAGGGUGAGCGGGAACGUGAGAGUAUGUCAAUGGACUGUGCCAGUGGAGGUGCAGCAGUAGCAGGAGCAACAGGAGGCCAGUGUCAAGGUCAGGGCCAGGGCUCGCCUUCACAGCUCACAUCUCGAUCAACUUCUGGAGUCACGUCGCCUGUGCCAGGGAGUGCUCAUUUGUUUAACAA